UCAUUUCAACUUUUGAUUAACAACCACCUUCAAGUAAUAUAAGCAUGAAAAAAUCCACUUCAUAGAGAACAAAACAUCACAACCUAACAUAUUCAAAAACAUCAUUACAGCCAUAUAACUGUCUGCAAUGUCACAUGUAGUUCAGCUAAUCGAAACAGCUUUCUCAUUUCUUAAACCCUUCUACGUAUUCACAUGUUGCAAAAUACAGUGAUGCAUCAAGUAUACAUUAUAACCAAGAAAGAGAUUACCUUCGUCUGUCAUCUCGAUAGGUACAUAGAUUUCCUUGAUUCUUGGUUGAUUUGGAGAUGGAUAAAGUUGGGCUUUGGUGAGAUAGCUAGAUUUCUUGUUGAAUGCUACUCGGGUUGUCCUCAGAGGGAGUCGCUUGGGUAAAACAGAUUUGGGGGCCGGAUUGUAGUCGUCAAAGGGAACCAAGUCGAUGAAUUAAAUUUCGCCACGUGGUAGAAUGGUUUUUUGUGUUCAAUUCGAUGAAUCAAAUUUAGGAAAGUGGACCCAGUAUUGUGAAUGGUUUUUUGUGUUCCAACCGGCGCCGUAGUGAGAGGGGAUUCUAACUGGGAAAGCUUGCUGAACGGAAAUGGCCCAAUGGCCAAGUCGCGGGAGCUGAAUUUCUACGAAGUCGGACCCAGAAAUCAAGAAAUUUUUUCCUCUCUUCUCACCGGAACGAACCCAUCUGCUGGGAAAUAAUUUGCUCGCGGGUGUUGUAUUGGGGAAAUAUGAUUUUUGACUGUGGGAAUUCAAGAUUUUUGGGAAUUACUGAAACGGGCCGGGUUGCUAUUGACCCACGCAUUUACCUGAAUUUUUCGAGUGAAAUCCGUUCCCGCCUAUUCCACGUCGCCCAUUUUGAAAUGUUGUGAAAUUUGCUCUGAGCCAAUGCUGUACAACCAGCAUUUUUCGUUAAACUAAUGUUUAGUUUGACCUCCUUUUAAAUCAAUUCCCCCCGUAGCGUAUGCAAAUUGCACGACACUCCCUUCGCCGGAAAAUUCAAAAACUACAUGGACGAUGUAGAUCGCCUGCUCCAGUACUUCAAAUGCGGCCUCUCUCCUCCUCAAUCUGCAAUCAGAGAAAGGAAAAAAGAAAAACGAAAAUUGAAUCAAGAAUCUUCACCACAACAAGAAAAGUCUUCAUUUUCUGAAACUCCGACGACCAAAAAUUGUAAAAUCCUGGGCAAUGACAAACAGUUCUCUCCGAUGGUGUUUUAUGGUUCACCUCACGGCGUGCCUCCAAAUCGGCCUGCUCGAUUGUUGCGAUUGUUGCACGAAAUACGUGUUGAUCUCUCGGAACAAACUAAAUUGAGAGAGGAAUUUUGGGCUACCUUUCCAAGGCAGGAUGAAGCGAUAAAGUACGCUAAAGAGCGUUCAAAUGCACGUGUUUUUAGUUAUCAGGAUCAUAUGAAUGGCCAGAGAAGGUUUCUUGUUUCAACGUACAAGGAAUUUUGGAGAAGGUAUAAAGAUAUGAAUUCUAAAUUUCGUCACCAUUAUGAAGUUAUUCAGGAGGGGUUAUCAUGCCACCUCUAUUUUGAUUUGGAGUUCAACAAGCGAGAAAAUCCUGACAAAAAUGGAGAUGAAAUGGUGGAUCUCCUGCUAGAUGUUGUCUUUGAUGCGCUACUUGAGAAGUAUUCCAUCACAGGAAACAAGGAUUGGGUAGUGGAACUUGAUUCAUCAACAGAUGAAAAGUUCUCUCGUCAUUUACUCAUCCGCUUACCUAAGGCUGCCUUCAAAGACAAUUCACAUGCUGGUGCAUUUGUUUCUGAGAUAUGUUCAAGGGCUUAUCUUUAUAAGGAAACUGAUGGAAGAUUUAGAAAUCUGUUCAUCUCGAAGGAUUCAAGCUCUGCUGAUAACCAAUGCCAGCUUUUCGUGGAUACAGCCGUCUAUUCUAGGAAUCGUUGCUUUAGACUACCUCUAUCAUCAAAAGCGGGGAAAAGCUCUAUUCUUUUACCUAGUGGGCGGUUUAAAUGUAAGGAUAUGAGUGAAGGAGAAGCGUUUAUGGAAUCCUUAAUCUGCAACAUGGAUGCUGAUUGUGAGAAGCUUCUAAUAUGCAAAAUGGAUUUAGACUGCGUGAAGGCGCUGCACUUUGAUACAGAGGUCACGAGUAGUUCCUCUAAACGUUCUUGUUUUCCUCGAGACUUUCACUUGAAUGCUUAUACAAGUGAUGAUUCCAAAAGUUACUUGAUGGGAAAAUCACCAUUCCCGGCUCUGGAUGUAUUUGUAGAGACUGUUGUUGCCUCCGUAGGAAAUGUAUCAGGAAAAAUUCGGAGCUGGUACUGGUUCUCAGAAUAUGGAUUGAUGGUUUAUAGCAUGUCUAAAAAUAGAUACUGUGAACGAAUUGGCAGACAACAUAAAAGCAAUCACGUUAUAUAUGUGGUCGAUCUAAGAAGGGCUGCUUAUUAUCAGAAGUGUCAUGAUCCUGAUUGCAGAGGCUAUCGAUCACCUAUUCGUCCAAUUCCUGAUGAUGUUCUUCCUGAUUCUGCCUUUUACUUCAAUCUUCCUGGAGGCUGUGACAACCAGGGACAUGUCUAUCUAGCAGGUGAUGAAAGUGUACCUGGAAGCUGCAAGAAAGAAAAGUGGUGGCUUGAAGCCAUUGAAUUUGCUGACCAGGUUGAAUGUAUACAGAAGGCACUGGAGUUAACUGGGGUGGAUGAAACUUGUGAAGAAGAGGACGAGGAGUGGUGGACGGCUGUUGAAAGGACUGCAUCCCAGGCUGAACUAACCUACCUUCAACAAACUUAACUUUCCUAAGAUAAGAGAGUUGCCUCAUUCUCAUUUGUCCACUCUGCAAUCUGCUACACGCCGUGUACCAGUGCCUGGUAUUCUUCAAACAAUCUCCUUGGGAGUCAGAAGGGGCCUAAUUACGCUAAACUCAUGCUAUUGAUUAGCGGAUGGUUUUAUCAUAAUCCCGCUGUUCUGAUGCAGAACUAGCAUCCACCCUCAGAAGGAUUUGACUAGUUUGCCCGGUAAUGGGACUAUUAAGUUUUGUUUAGUAACAUAGUGGCUUUGUAAUUGCUUCUGGUUGCAAUGCCAUAUUAGAACAUCUACAUUAUUCUAUUAUAUAUUUUUUUCCGCCUA